AGAGAGAGAGAGAGAGAGAGAGAGAGAGAGAGAGAGAGAGAGAGAGAGAGAGAGAGAGAGAGGGGUGGAAAUGGUGGGAAGGUCGGAGAAAAUCAGAUGGGUCUCGCUCUUUCUCUUUCUCUUCGCUCAUCAGCUGCCUGGAAUCGUGGCCGAAGAUGGCUUGAUCACGAACGGUGACUUCGAGACACCCCCAUCGGGCGGCUUCGCGAGUGAUGUUAUGUCGGAUGGCCCGGCAACCAUCCCCGGGUGGAAGACAAAUGGCACCGUCGAGCUCGUGGAGUCGGGGCAGAAGCAGGGUGGGAUGAUCCUCAUCGUGCCGGAGGGCACACACGCGGCGAGGCUGGGCAAUGACGCCGAGAUCAGCCAGGAGCUGACGGUGGAGAAGGGGUCGAUUUACUCCGUCACGUUCAGCGCGGCCCGCACGUGCGCGCAGCUCGAGUCGCUGAACGUGUCGGUCCCGCCGACGGCGUCGCAGACCAUCGACCUGCAGACUCUGUACAGCGUGCAGGGGUGGGACCCGUACGCGUGGGCCUUUGAGGCCCUGGACGACAAGGUGAGGCUGGCGUUCAGGAACCCCGGGAUGGAGGAUGACCCGACGUGCGGGCCCAUCAUCGACGACAUCGCGAUCAAGAAGCUUUUCUCUCCCGAUCGGCCCAAAGAUAACGCUGUGCUAAAUGGUGACCUAGAAGAAGGUCCGUGGAUGUUCCGGAACACAUCUCUCGGGGUGUUACUCCCCACCAACCUCGACGAGGACACCUCUUCCCUACCUGGCUGGAACGUUGAGUCCAACCGGGCCGUUCGUUACAUCGACUCCUACCAUUUCUCAGUUCCGCAGGGCAAGCGGGCUAUCGAGCUCCUUUCAGGAAAGGAAGGCAUAAUCUCCCAAAUGGUCGAGACGAAGCCCGAGAAAGAUUACACCCUAUCGUUCGCCUUGGGCCACGCUGGUGACAAGUGCAAACAACCGCUUGCUGUGAUGGCAUUUGCCGGGGAUCAAGCCGAGAACAUCCAUUACACCCUGAAUUCGAACUCGACGUUCCAAACUGCGAGCGUCAACUUCACGGCCAAGGCCGAGAGGACGCGAAUCGCGUUCUACAGCGUGUACUACAACACGAGGAGUGACGACAUGAGCUCACUCUGCGGGCCGGUGGUGGAUGAUGUGCGGGUGUGGUUUUCCCGGGCCGGCAGGAAUGCGAAUGCAGGAUUCACUUUGGCUGUCGGGCUUGGAUGGUGGGCGCUUCUUCUCGUCUUUUCUUAAGUUCUAUUAGACAGUUCAGGGUGGGUGCAUUCGCUGCGAUGGCUGGUAAAGGUAAUGAGGGGUUUGGUGAAACCGAAUUCCCCGGUUUAAAUGCUGUAUGCGAGAUUGGAGUUAGCUUUUGUUCUAAAGUUAUGCAUGGUAGUUAACACGUACUUCGAUGCUCUUUGGCGGAGCCUAGAGCUCGAGCAGUGAUAAGACGUGGUUUUGCUAAGCACUGACCGGUUACUCUUCCUAUGUUGAUGACCGAAAUUAUGGCUGAAUCAUAUGUCAUAUGCAGUGAGCAGCACCUCUUGGAGCAAUGCUGAGAUCAUAUGUGAUUUUUUCA